ACACAAUAAAAAGGUCCGGGCCACUGCAAGUCACCGCACUAUCUGCGAGUGACGUCACGUCGCGAACACGCUUCAAAUAGAGCGGCGCCCGCCGAGGAGGCGAAGCAAUCCGAAGCAAUCCGCCGACGGGCACAGAACAGGAGGAUGUCACCCAGCGCCGCCGUGACCGUGCCCAGCACGCCCCUGCUGGAUGCCACGGAGCUGGAGGCCGCCCUGUGCCGCGCGCUGCGGUGUGAGCCCUCCGCCCUGCAGAGCCUCCACUGUGGCGGCCAGAAAGAGGGCGGGUCCGCCGAGGGCUUCACGUCCAAGUGCGGCAGCAUGACGGUCGACGCCGUGGUGCGCGGCCGCGCCCACAAGCUGCACCUGUUCGUCAAGCGGGCGGACAUCAAGGACAUGGCGGACGGCAUGGACUCGUUCGGCAGGGAGGCCCUCUUCUACCUGACGGUGCUGCCGCUCCUGGAGAGGUCGUGGAGGCGCCGGGACAUCCCCGGGGAGCCCCUGCGGCCAGACCUGGGCCCCGCCGGCUACCUGGGGACGGACAGCGUGAUGGUCAUGGAGGAUCUGACGCGGCUCGGGUACAGGGCCGCGGACAACUGGGUGCAGAAGGGCUUCGACUUCUCCACGGUGCAGCAGGCGCUGCGUGCUCUGGCGCGCCUCCACGCGGCGGCGCUGCUGGCCCAGCGGCUGGACGGUGUGGACCUGGCGGCGGCCGCGCCGGACCUCCUCAAGGAGCACUUCUUCACGCGCCGGCCCGGCACCGUGGGCAGGCGCCUCUUCGACUGCGCCGCCGACAUCGUGUGCGACGUGCUCCUGCCGCGACUGCAGCCCCGCCUCAAGGUGCCGCAGACCAAGCAGGAGCUCCAGCGCAUGCGCGACCUCACCCGCGACCUGUACCCCAACCUGGACAUGGACAAGCUGCGCGCCGAGGACGCCAGCAAGGUGCUGGUGGUCAGCCACGGCGACGCGUGGCCCAACAACGUCCUCUACAAGUUUGACGAGCAGGGCCGCGCGGAGCACGCCGUGAUGAUCGACUUCCAGCAGGCCCGCCUCGCGCCGCCCGCCCUGGACGUGGCCAUGUACCUGCACAUCAGCUCGAGGCAGAGCUUCCGCGACCAGCACAUGGACAGCCUGCUGCGAGGCUACCACGACGACCUGACGCGCUUCACGAUGGAGCGCGGACUCGACAUGACCAAGGACUACAGCUGGGAGGUGUUCCUGGCCUCCAUGAAGCAAGUGACGCCGCUGGCCCGGGCCAUCGCCAUCUCGUACCAGCACAUCAACUCGGGCAACCCGGACGACAUGGAGGCCUUCUUCCAGGACAGCGAGGCGCGCGAGCGGAUGCUGAUGGAGUCCGAGGCCAGGGCGGUGCCGGUGGCGCGCUGGUUCGACGCCGAGGAGCGCUACCGCCAGAUCAUGCAGGAGUACGUGGAGGACCUGCUGCAGCUGCCGCGGGCCGAGGCGGCGGCGUGAAGCUUGCCCCGCGCCCACUCUUUCAAUUGUGAUAUUGUGAUGCCAAAUACUAAACCGCUAUCAUUAAACUACCCUUA